AUGAAGUCUCCAUGUUGGAGCAAAAAGCGCUUUCCGUGCAUGAAUUAUUUGGGUGAACCACCUAUGCAGACAAAUGAGGCUCCGAAAGCAAAGCAAGCGGGUAUCAAGGACUCGGUAGCUUCUGCUACGCCGGAAAAAACAGAUGAAGAUGGCUCGAAAGCACCUGGAGUGGAUUUCUACCUGGACCAAAUUCGUCAGUUGGAGCGUCGUGCAGAUAUAUUAAGAACACACGCGGGAGAGUUGAAAGCCGAAGUUGAUGUGCUACUAACUGAGUUAACUCAGUCGGACGACGAAAAACGCGUCACUUUAAGGUUACUCAAGGCCGAAUUUGAACAGAAGAUAAAUGAAAAUGCCAACCUACGGGAACGCAUCUACGGGACCUAUGCCAUGCACAGACUGCAAGCAACAAAGUGGGAGGCGCGGCAACAGGAAUUGGAAUUACAGAAGGAACUGACGGUUAAGCGAAUCACAGAGGAGAUUCAUUCUCUUACCGAGCAGCUUAACGCUUUGGAAGACUUUCGGGAAAAGCGAGAAAUACUAUUGUUACAAUAUGGUGAGCUGGAAAGUACACUUCAGAAGCUCAUCUCUGACCAUGCGUUGGCCUUAGAGACGCUGGCACAAAAGGAUGGCGCGUAUAGACGACGCUUAAAAAAGAAUGCUGCACUGGAGGUUAACAAGGCGGCCUCUGUUUCCCGUGAAUUGUCCUUUCGACGCACGCAACCUACCUACAAAAGAAUUUUAGCCGAUAAUGUGUCUACUGAAAGCUGUUUAACUAAAUUUGUCAACGAAGUCGACGCGAUGACAAAAGAAAACAAGGCACUUCAUGAAAAUAUAGAGACACUUAAGAUUCAACGUUGCACACUUCUAAGAGAACAGGAAAGUUUGGCUAGCAAGAGCUCCGCCGUAGCAAAGAAACGCCAGCCCAGCUGA